AGCUGCAGAAGCACAGGAAGAGCUGCUGCUGUUUAAAGAAGAGCUGAACAUAUAUAUAUAAAGCAGAAGACGAGUGUCAGAAACACAGAAUGGCUGAUAGGAGUCCUCUGUUUCUGCUGCUCAUCUUCUGGACACUCAGCACAGGUGUGUUUGAAGCAGAAGAGACUCAUGUGUUCAGCAGAUCUGGAGAAACUGUUCAUCUGCCCUGUAUAAAUACUGAUCAGUACUGCAGCAAAUCAGGAACUACAUGGCUCUACAAUAGUUACAGACAGACAACGACACCGACACAGACUGUUGAACUGAUUAAUUUAGGGGUAAACAAGAAAGACACAGGGAAACAUGACAGACUGAAUCUGGGCUCUGACUGCUCUCUGAUCAUCAGUAGAGUCACAACAGAAGAUACUGGACGUUACUUCUGCCAACAGUGGAGAGAAGACCAGAAAGAUAGACCUUAUGCACAGGUUUCCAUGUAUCUGCAUGUUGUUGCUGUCUCUCCAUCAUCAUCUUCAUCAUCAUCAUCUUCAUCUGAUAUUCGUCCAGCUCCAGAUCUCACAACUAAAGCGGAGCCCAAACCACAAGCAGAAACAACUGAACCUGGAGCAGUGUUUUUCUCACAUCACUCUGAAGCUAAAACAGCAGCCCUGACUCCAACAAACACAAACACAACUAUAAAACCUGCAGAAGCCUCAAUAACAGCAGUGCUUUCAGUUCUGCUUUCUGCUGCUGCUUUGGCUGUUUUCAUCGCUGCUGUUCUGUGUUUGAUCCAGCGCAGAAGAAGAGCUGCAGCUCAUCAAAGAGCGACUGGUGAAUCAGCGGUCAAAGAUGAGAAUCAAGUCCACUAUCAAACAAUCCACAUGUCCAUUAAUCCUGCUGCCAGAGCCCAUGAGCAGACGGAGGAUCCAGUCACUUAUUCUGAGGUCACUUGUGCUGGGAAAAAGCCGGAGAAAUCAGCCAGUGAUCACUCUAAUGAUUCAGUGACUUACGCCGCCGUCAGCAGAAGAGCUUAAUGUGUGCAGAAGAAGAAAAAGAGCCUUCAGGAAUAAACAUCAACACAAACAGGCAGAAAUCACAGCAGCAUCACUGCAGCAUUUCAGGAGCACAAGUUUCCCUCAAAUGCGCAGAUUCAGGACUUUAGUGUGGGAGAAUUGGAGAGAUUUAGAGCAGAACAAACACAGCUGGAAUAUUACUGCACUGGAAAGAGGACAAAGCAGCUGUUCUGAAGGAGAGAAAGAAAGAAAGAAAGCAGAAAAAUAGGCUGUGUUUGUGGAGGAAAGAGAAGACUGCAGUGGGAGAAUUACAGCACUGUCUGUUUGUGUUACAACUUACAAUCAUCAUCUUCAUUUGUCUCUUCAACUCAUUUUAGGCCCAGUUUUGUCUUGUCUUGCUUUAUAGAAAUGUCUUUUUCAUUUGGCACAUGAUCUCCAACAUCAUCUCCAUGUUUCUAGACUGUAUUUGAACUCCAUUCAUUCAUGUUGAAUCUGCUUUAUUUGUGUGCAGGCAGAGAUAUAAAGCCCUACUUUGCUUUCUACAUCACAUUAAAAGUACUAAAGUGAUUUGAUGUUUCUGGAUCAAUAUUUGACUUCAUGUUUGGGAGAAGAAAAUGUCAAACUAAGAGUCAAAUAAAGCUUAAUUAAAGCUUAAUGUGGUGUUGUUCACUUCAUCUGUGGAUUGAGGCUCGCUCUUUACUGUGUUUACUGUUAAUUACAGGUAAAGUUGGACAGAAAUGGGGGUUUCUCUGGUUGUUUAGGUACAUUAAGACACAUGAAGUGUUUUAUAAUGUCUCCUUUAAAUGAGUUAAAUGAUUUAGCUUGGGUUUGUUUCUUGAUUUCAGUUGUGUUUAUUGCUUUAUAGUAAUAUGUUGUGUGAUUUGUGUUUGUGUAUUGCUUAUUAAGCUGGACUUCUGAUAUAAACACUGAUGUGAAGCUAAUAAAUCCUCAAUAAAGUGCUUCAGUGACCCUACAUUACA